AUGCAAUCGAAGCUUAAGACGCCUUGCAACGCGCUAGCCAUCGCUAGCAGGAGGGUUGAACGCGGCGCGGUAUCAACGGAAAGCGGAGCGGGCGGAAGCCGCGGACCGAGGCCCGCGCAGCAAGGGGGUGGGGAGAAGCGCGGACCAAGGGGGAGCGGAUCGCAGGAAGGGGAAAGUCGGGAGGUGAGGGGGACGGAGAAGUUACCAGAGGGAUCGCGGAAUGAGAGCGGGCGCAACAGGAGAGACGCGCAGGGGGAGGCGCAAGGGUGGGUGCGCAUAGGGGGGGUUAAAGCGGAAGCCUUGCGCGUGCGCGUGGGGUGGAGAUGGGCGGAAGACGAGGGGAACGUGGAGGCGGAAGCUGAGGCGGAGGGGGCGCUGGGGGAGACGCCAUUGCAGAAGAGACGGAGGUUUGGGCAGGCUGUGGAGAAAAUGAAAGGGGACGCGGCGCGCAGGCGGAAACUGGCGGAAAAGGGGCUUCCGCCAACCCCCCUUGGCGCGCCGCACAACGGGCUGCUGGUCCCCCGCCUGGUGCCCGUGGCGCACCGCACUCUCGCGCUCUGGCUGUCCCUGCAGGCGAAGCUCCCACGCCUGCUUGACGCCGUGCCCGCUCAUGCGUGCAGGCGGUGUCCGGAGGUCUCCAUUGCCCGCCACCCCCAUGCCAUCCGUAACUGCAAGGGUCCGAAGCUGCACAGCCGUUCGGGCAGCCCGAGCAGCCAUGAAUGGGCGCCUGCCACGCCCUCUGACAUCCUCCCGGUCAUCGAAAGUUUUCAUCUGCCCGAUCGUCUGCGCCCCCGUGUGCCGCACGAGGCGAGAUUUGAUGUGGAGAGGAUCCCAGCUGUCAUAGAGCUGUGCAUUCAGGCGGGUGUAGACCUGCCAGGCUUGCGCACCGUGCGCCGAACCGAACCUGUGCAAACCACCAGGCCUGGCACCGGCCGGGCCUGGAUGGCAGGCUUGGAGGGCGAAUCGGAGUCAGGAGUGUUUACCAAGGGAGCUUAUAAGGGGGACGAGGGGGAUGUGGUGAAGGCGAUUGUGGAGAUGGCUGAGAUGGAAGCAGUGGGGGCGGAGGUGGCGUGGGACGAGCGGUCCAGGGGUAUGAUGAGGCGGGGGGAGGGGGGGUGGCGAGGGGUGGUGGAGGGGGGUGAUGGGGGCAGGAUGGAGAGAAGGUUGGAGCGGAGGAGCAAUACAGAGGCGGAUUGGAAGGCGAUAGGGAAGGGGGAGGAGGAGGAAGAAGAGGGAGGAGAGGAUGGGGAAGGAGCAGCGGAAGGGGAGGGGAGUGUGAGGGAGGUGGCAGAGGAGGCGUUGAGGGAGUGGGAGGCGGUGAGGGACGGCGUGGAGGGGCUGAUGGGCAAGUACCCCGUGAUGGUGUGCGGGUACUGCCCUGAGGUGCACGUGGGUGCUGCCGGGCACAAGGUGCGCCUGUGCAAUGCCUCCAAGCAGCAGUGGCGCCAUGGCCAGCAUGGGUGGCAGCCGGCAGUGCUGUCCGACCUGCUCCCCCCCGUGCCUAUCUACCACACGCGCCACCCCUCCGGCCCCCCACUGCUGCACGAGCUGAGGGCCUUCUACGGCCGCGUGCCGGCGCUCGUGGAGCUCUGUGUGCAGGCCGGGGCACCUGUUCCUGAUAAAUGGCGGAGGUACUUUAGGCUCGAUGUUGCAAUCCCUGAUGUCAGCGACGUGGACAAAGUGGUGUGA